AAGUGGUCCGUCCGCAAUCGGUUCCCCCAGCCGCGGGACAGCGGCAGCGGCAGCGGCGGAUGAGCAAGGCCUGGCGGCGGGGCAGGAUGGAGGCCGGCGGGCACGGCGCCGGGGCGGAGGCCGAGGCGGGCGGCGGGCAUGGCUCCCAUAGGAAGAAGCACAAGAAGCACAAGAAGAAGCACAAGAAGAAACACCACCAUGAGGCGGCGGGGCCGAGUCCCCCCGCGCCGCCCCUGCCCAAGCCGCAGCUCAAGCUCAAGAUCAAGCUGGGGGGGCAGAUCCUGGGCACCAAGAGCGUCCCCACGUUCACGGUGGUGCCCGAGGCGCCGCGCUCGCCCUCGCCGCUGAUGGUGGUGGAUGAGGACGAGGAGCCCGCGGAAGGGGUGCCCAUCGAGCAGUACCGGGCCUGGCUGGAUGAGGACAGCAACCUGGAGCCCUCGCCCCUGCCGGAGCUGGACCCCGAGAGCUGCUUCCCUGCGCGCGAGGAGGAGGAGGAGGAGGAGGAGCGCUGGCUCGAUGCCCUGGAGAAGGGCGAGCUGGACGACAACGGGGAGCUCAAGAAGGAGGUGGAUGAGUCCCUGCUGACGGCUCGGCAGAAAGCGCUCCUGCACAAGCAGCAGAGCCAGCCGCUGCUGGAGUUGCCCAUGGGCUACAAGGCGAAGGAGCUGACGGAGGAGAUGCUGGUGAAGCGGGAGGAGCGGGCGCGGAAGCGGCGCCUGCAGGCCGCCAAGAAGGCGGAGGAGAACAAGAACCAGACCAUCGAGCGCCUCACCAAGACCAGCAAGGCCAAGGUGAAGACGCUGCGGGAGCGCCGGGCACGGCCGGCACCGUGCCCCGUCGUGCACUACCGCAACGCUGCCGACCGCAUCACCGUGUCCUUCCCGGUGGGGAUGGCGCUGCCGCUGCUGCCGGCAUCGGUGCCUGCCGUGCCGCCAGUCCCGGUGCUCUGCAGCGUCGCCGGCUGCGGCAAUGUGAAGCGGUACUCGUGCUCGCGCUCCGGGCGCCCGCUCUGCAGCCUCGCCUGCUACCGCCGCAACCUCCAGCUCAUGGACGCCGCGGCUUAGCCCGGUGCUGGCGGCAG